AUGGACGUUGGCCGUCUCGAGACUCUCUGCGUCGACCUCAUCCAGCGUCUCUUCGUCUCUUGGCCUAAUCCCGUUCAACAACAAAAUUGCCUAAACCAGCGGCAUCCAACGACGACUCUCACGAGCUUCUGUUUACCUCGUGUUGGAAGAGCUAGGUCGGGAAGUUUCGGUGUCGUAUACAAGGGAAUUGAAAAGUCUACGGGCGAGACCGUCGCCAUCAAGCACAUCGAUCUCGAAUCGAGCGAGGACGAUAUCCAAGAAAUUCAGGGAGAGAUCUCCGUUCUCAGCACCUGUUCCAGCUCCUUCGUCACCCAGUACAAGGGAUGCUUCCUCAAGGGCCACAAGCUAUGGAUCAUCAUGGAAUACCUUGGUGGUGGCUCUUGUUUAGACUUGCUAAAACCGGGAAACUUCCCCGAAUCGCACAUCGCCAUCGUCUGUAGAGAGCUACUCCGUGGUCUCGAUUACCUCCACACCGAGGGCAAGAUCCACCGCGAUAUCAAGGCCGCCAACAUUCUGCUCUCAGACACGGGCAAGGUCAAGCUUGCUGACUUUGGCGUUGCUGCUCAACUCACCAACAUCAAGUCUCAGAGGAAUACCUUUGUCGGAACGCCCUUUUGGAUGGCCCCCGAGGUGUUGUUCCACAUCCCCAAGAAUGAGCCACCUAGGUUGCAGGGCAGCUUCAGCAAGGACUUCAAGGAUUUCGUUGCCCAGUGCCUCGUCAAGGAUCCCGACAGGCGACCCACGGCCAAGGAGCUUCUUCGCCACCGAUUCAUCCGUGCGGCCGGAAAGGUCGAGGCCCUCCAAGAACUGAUCGCUCGCCGGCAAACGUGGGACGUUGGCCAAACUCGCAAAGCGCAUCCCGUCUUCUACCAGGAGACACUCCAGAGCAUCUCUCCCAAAGAUGAGGCUGAUGAGUGGACCUUUGACACUGUCAAGUCCGUCGCUCCCAAGAGGCCCACCGUCAUCCGUUCCCGCAAACCUUCUUCCAUUUUCGCCACCGAAGACGCCAUGCGCAGGCUUGACCUUGAAGAUGGCCCUCUGCGCCCCUCUACGCCCGUCGGUACCGUUCGCAGGUCGACAGUCAGGCGCCAACCUUCCAUAAUGACGGCCAACGAAUCGUACAACUCGAGCGGAUCCGUGCGCCGCCAGCCCUCCUCCGCCUACACGCAGAGCCAGAGCGGCUCCGUCAGGCGCAUUGUUUCCUCGGCCCAAAAGACCCCCGGCAACCCCUCUCCGCGCAUCAGUGUGGCUAAGCGCCCCCUGCAGCCCGACAUGUCUUUUGGUAACUCUGGCUCAACCAUGCGCCUCUUUCGUCGAGUUCCCUCGGACGGUUCCACCUCUGGACAGGUGGGCGACACCGAUUCCGUUGACGGCAUGAUCUUCAACGAGAACAGGCCCCCUCACCAUCCCAUGCCGGUUGAGGCUUCUAGCAAAGAGGCUCUCCUCGGUCGUCGGCUAUUCGCCAAGGCUGUGGACCCUGCGCUCACCGAGCUACACGCGCAAACUUCUGCCAUGGCUAAACGUGAGGCCCUGGCCAAGCUGUCAGACGCCUUUUCCCUUCUCGACACCGUCGACCCGGAAGGUGCCUAUCACUUGCUCCAGAACCUCGUCGGCGCCAUGUCCCAGGACACUAAACUCAACAACGCCUUCCUCAGCCAAUCCGCCGUGAAGGGUGCGUCAUCCAACACGCCUCAAGGCACCGUCAUCAUCAAGACCGCAUCGACGCCUGCCCCGCCCAACAGCCCGACGAAGCUAGUGCUGAGCCAAGCGAACCCGCACCUCCGUAGCCAUCGCCGGCGGCAGACUGAGACUCCUGACUACGCGGACAAGGAUGAAAAGUCUGCUUUAGAGGCCAAGUACCCCGGUACCGAACCUCAACCUGGCAUGGAGCACUGCAGCCAACUUUCGGAUGUACUGUAUGGCCGUUGGCUUGAUGGCCUGCGUAUCCGCUGGCCUGCUGUGUAA